AUGUAUACGUCAAUAGUUUGUUUUUAUGUUCCCCCAACCGCGGGGGGAAGAGAUUCAGAACUGUUAGCGAAAAAACCUGACACUACUAUAUACACACACGAGGUUGCGACAGAGAAAAAAUUAGACGAAACGUCGCAAGGGGCAGGUAUCACCUAUUCAAACCCGGGACGACCUGGGGCUGCUCCAUAUCCUCAUCGUCCUUGA